CCCUUCUUCACCUACUGGAUCUCGUUUGUUCAGUGCGUCGUCUUGAUUAUCGCAUGCGUCGGCUAUGGAAUUACGCCGAUCUGGCUUGAAUCGUAUGCCAGACUCACGGGCGAAGUGCGCCUUCCAAGUGGAUUCGGAACAGAGCGGGUCUGCGCUGUGGAGCCAGCCAAUAUCUGGCUAGGACCCCGGCCAGCUGAUUUGAUCCGUCUAGGCGCCCGAUUCUCGCCAUGCAUGCGGCCCGACCAGGAGCUCAACAGGGCAGUUGUGGUGGCACAACAUGAGGCAGACAAAGAGUAG